GACGGGUGUAUCACUGUCACCUGGCAGCUGAUUUGAACGGAUUAUGAACGCAUUUGGACAACAGCCAUCUAAUCAGCAAUCAGGUCCAAUUCAGCACCACAGCGCUCAAGAACUCCUGGAUAUGGCUGUGUAUUGCGACAAUUUCGGCAUGUACCAGCAGAAUCUGCAUCAUCAUUCGCAGAGGCCACCUGCGCACACAACAAACUAUGGUAUUGGGGAGUAUAGUUCUCCAUCAACUAACCCCUACCUGUGGUUGAACGGCCCAGGUAUUAACUCUUCUCCCUACCUGUCGGGCACCAAUGGAACGUCCUACAUUCCAUCGGGAUAUGGAACAAAUCAGCGCCAGUUCUUGCCACCUCCCACGGGUUUCGGUGGAGCCGACCUCGGAUGGCUCUCCAUAUCCAGCCAGCAAGAACUUUUUAAGAUGGUCAGACCACCGUACUCCUACUCGGCCUUGAUUGCCAUGGCCAUUCAAAACGCGCCGGAUAAGAAACUGACUCUUAGUCAAAUUUACCACUAUGUGGCUGAAAACUUCCCUUUUUAUAAAAAGAGCAAGGCGGGAUGGCAGAACUCGAUUCGGCACAACCUGUCUUUGAAUGAUUGCUUCAAGAAGGUGGCACGGGAUGAGGAUGAUCCAGGUAAAGGGAACUACUGGACUUUGGACCCAAACUGUGAGAAGAUGUUCGAUAAUGGAAACUUCAGGAGAAAGAGGAAGAGACGCGCUGAUGCCAACAACAGCGGCAGCAACUCGGUCAUGUCCGUUAAAUCGGAGGACACCGCGGCUUUGAAGCUCUCCGACACGGCCAGCAUCUUGAGCGCGUCGCCUCCGAGUCUCCAGAAUUCACCAAGCUCCAGCGACUCCAAGUCCUCGCCGUCACCCUCCAUCGAACACAGCCCCUGUUUCAACAGCUUCGUCUCUAACAUGAACUCAAUCAUGACCGGCAGCAACACCGGGAUCAGAAGAAGGGACUUCAACACAGGUCUUUUAGGAGAUUUGUCACAGGGCAAAGAGAGCAUGUCUGGACUUGGUUCUUACUCUCCAACUCAAAUAACUCCUCUGAACUCUGAUAGCAGUCCGCUCUCUGGUAACAGAAUGAACUAUUACACAGGACCAGCUUCUGGUAGUCUGAGCAAUCACCUCUCAAAUCAUUUCAGUGUCAACAAUUUGAUAUACAACCGUGAGGGGACAGAAGUUUAGAUGGGUUUACAGCAUGUAGGCUAGUGUACUCUGUGAGUGCUAAUAAAAUCCUCACUUCAU